AUGGGUCACUCACACGGUCUGCGAUCGGGUACCCGAUAUGCCUUCGCCAAAGGGUUCAAGAAGAACGGCACCAUCCCGCUGAACACCUACCUCCGAACCUACAGGGUCGGUGAUAUCGUCGAUGUUGUCGUCAACGGUGCAGUCCAGAAGGGCAUGCCCUUCAAGGUCUACCACGGAAAGACCGGCGUCGUCUACAACGUCACCAAGUCCGCCGUGGGCGUCAUCCUCUACAAGCAGGUCGGCAACCGCUACAUGGAGAAGCGCAUCAACGUCCGCAUCGAGCACGUCAAGCACUCCCGCUCGCGCGACGAGUUCCUCAACCGCGUCAAGUCCAACGCCGAGGCCAAGCGCCAGGCCAAGGCCGAGGGGAAGUCCAUCCUGCUGAAGAGGCAGCCGGCCAUGCCGCGGGACGCCCGGAAGGUCAGCACCGAGAACAACCGGCCCGAGACGAUCACGCCGGUCGCGUACGAGACGACGAUUUAA